CAACGAGGCUGUGCCAUCUGUCUAGACAAAUUCACCAGACAGUUUUAAAAGUUGCAGAACAUCCGCAAUUAGAAGAUUCUGUAACCAACAGUUUUGCUUCUUUUAUCAAUGAGAUCAGACCUGAGCACAUGUCUGACAUUGUGCGCCACAGAAGUAAACGCAUGAUCUUGGAUAACAUUGGUGUUGGCCUUGUUGGUACCCAAACACAUGUAUUCAACAUUAUUCUGCAGUAUUGCCAGGACCUACAGGCAUCAGCUUAUGGAAAUUCUGCUUUAUGUUCAGUAUAUGGUGGGAAGGGAUUGAAACUCUCCCCAACCCUGGCUGCAUUUGCCAAUGGUGUAGCUGUUCACUCCAUGGACUUUGAUGACACCUGGCACCCUGCCACACACCCUUCAGGUGCCGUGCUGCCAGCUGUAUUGGCCUUGUCACAGAUGCUUUCAAAUGACAGAAAGAUCAGUGGAGAAGACCUCCUGAUGGCUUUUAAUGUGGGCAUUGAAAUCCAAGGAAGACUGAUGUGUUUUUCUACCGAGGCAAAAAAUAUUCCUAAAAAAUUUCACCCACCAUCGGUUGUUGGCACAAUGGGAAGUGCUGCAGCUUCAGCCAAGCUCCUCUCAUUAAACAAAGAACAAUGUACCCACGCAUUAGCUAUUGCAGCCUCUCUGGCCGGUGCCCCAAUGGCAAAUGCAGCUACUUUAGCUAAACCGCUGCAUAUCGGUAAUGCUACUAGGUUAGGUCUUGAAGCUGCACUUCUGGCUGCAAAAGGAAUGGAGGCCAAUUCUCUUAUAUUGGAUGAUACUCCUGGAUGUUCAGGGUUUAGUGCUUUCUAUGGAGAUUAUCAGCCAAAGUCAUUAUCCCCAGCAGGCAAGGACUAUGAGUUUCACCUUGAGAAGCAGGACAUCGUUUUUAAGUCCUUUCCAGCUCACCUUGGGAUGCACUGGAUAGCAGAUGCCUCAGUAUCAGUGAGAAACAGACUUAUAAGCCACUCCGGCUCAUUCAGUCCAUCAGAAAUUCAAUCCAUCAUUCUUAGAAUCCCUGUUUCCAAAUACAUUAAUAGGCCCUUCCCGGAAUCAGAGCAUGAGGCGCGCCACUCCUUCCAGUUCAAUGUUUGCACUGCGCUCUUAGAUGGUCAAGUCAGCAUUGACUCUUUUAAUGAAGACAAAAUGUUUCGGCACGAACUCCAGAAUCUCCUCAGUAAGGUGGUAGUGGAACAUCCAGAAGAUAAUGUUGCUAACUUUGAUAAAAUGUAUGGAGAGGUCGCUAUUCUUCUAGAAAAUGGAGAUGUAGUGACAGGAAGAUGUGAUACAUUUUAUGGUCACUGGAGGAACCCACUGAGCAGAGAAUCCCUCCUAAAAAAGUUCCGCACUAACGCAAAAUACGCACUCAAAGAAGACCAAACUGACGCAGUUAUCCAGAUAGUAGAAAAUAUAGAAAAUAUAACAGACAGCUCUCAGCUACCAAAGUUACUUCAGUAACUGAUAUGAAAUUUAUAUAUAAAAUCUCAGAAUUUAAAAAUUA